AGAUAUUACAACAAGUGUAGGACUGUGUCCUGGUCCUUCGAACGGGAUAUAAUCCAAAAAGUCCAAAUAGCGUUGCCAUCAUAUGGGAUUCUCAAAUGUUACAGUUACGCUCUCAACUGUUACGACAUGCACACUUCCUAUCAACCCCCUCCAUAUGGACAUGAUCCAGUACUUCGCAUGACAAGCUCUCAAUGCGCCUAACAACAUGGAGAUCGAGAUCCGUUCCACCAACUUUGUAAUGCAAAACGCGCAAUCUUUGCAUUCCCCUGUCCCUCUGAAAAAUUCAUGUAUCAUUUGAGAGCGUAAUAGUUGAGAAUCAUUUGAGAGUGUAAUAGUUGAGUUACAUUUACAUGUUGCCGUCGGCGCCAGCUUCGCGUUUUUUGCGGUAAACUUGAGUUCCACAAUUCGUCUACCGAAGCCGCCGCUCUGUUUCUUUCCACGAGUCAGUGGCCAGUGUCAAUAGGGGACUGGAAUUUUCCGGACGAACUCCAGUCGGCGUGUCUGGCGGGAGGAGCCAAAACCGAUCGAGCCUUCACACGCGCAAUGGGGGUCUCCAGGCUCUUCCAUAAUUUACUGGCCGCUUUCAUACGGAACAAUCAAGCAGAGUAUUGAUAGCGCACUUUCAACAUUGAAGAUGGCGCGGCGACCUACUUAUCCCGACUAGCCCAUCGAAUGGGGCGGGUGCAAAGAACUGCUGUUGAAGCUUGUAUGUAAUUCGAUAUAUUGCAUGGCUCUUAAUCUUAUCUUUUUCCAUGGUUUGUACUGCAGCGCGGACAAGUAGGAGAAGCAAGUAGCAUGAUAUAUGUGCUCUUCGAAUGGCCGAACCCGAAGGGCAAAUUUGAUUUGUCAUGCCGCUCGUCUCCAGGAAUGACAUUACUUGGCGCCCCCUCGCUGCUCUGGGUGGGCAGAAAGAUGUUUUAGCUCGGUAUCUACCCGUGCCCGAACAAACCGGUUUUCCAAUAGAAUACAUUAAUAGCCUGCAGCACCACCAAUACUCUGUGCAUGCAUAAUGUGGCGAUGCAGACCUCUUGUCUUUUAUCGUUCUGCUGUUAUGUUUGUGACAUUACAGAUACAGUUCUCGUCUGUGCCUGCGAUUGUGCAGCGUUGUCCAGAUGAUGAGUCUCGACUUACUUGCAGCGCAUUGGCCUCAAUUUGCUAGUGUUUAAUCAUGUAGGAAAGGCAGAACCGCGUGCGCCACCGUCAGGGCCUCGCGAUUCUGAGCCAUCUGUGCUAGCGUAUGAGCAGGAUUUCCUCCUUGCGCAAAUUUUUGGAAAAAAUAGAAAUAGAGUAAAACAGGAUGUCGUCUAUUGACAGUUUGUCUCUAAUUCAACUCAUGUUGAGUAGUGUUUUUAUUUCAUCCUGUAAGCAUAAGCUGCAGCUGCUUAUAGGAUGAAAUAAAAACGAGCAGCUCUAACAAAGCCGAGACACUUCUUGCGUGCUACAGCUGAGAACGUCACAUCUGAAAACCCAUACUCCAUCAUUGUGCUUGUCGCUGCUUCGGUUCUGGGUUCGCUUUUGGGUCAGGCUCUGGGAUAUGGCAAGUUCCUCAGAAAUCAUUCGGCGGAGGACAGGAAUCUCAGCUAUCAUAUCCCCCAUGAUGAUUCCAUUUGCAAAUACUUUUUAAAAAAGCUGCUUGACGUGAUUGGCUUUAGCGUGGUCCCGCCGUCCUCUUGCAAUUUUUCCAUCUAUUCGCGGAGCCAUGAACGUCAGCGACAGUGUUGGCGCGACACGACAUGAAAAUCAUCAACAAGAAACAGCGUAUCACUCUCGCUGAAGAUAGCUGAGUACUUAUUCUCCGUUCUGAUUCUGCAUUUGAUUUCUAUAAGGGGCCGUGCUGCCUUUCUUCUUGCGCAAAGUAUUGCAGAUGCAACGCGCGCGCAAGUCGGGACGCUUCUUCCAGCGAAGAGAAUGCUGCGCUGCGCGAUAGCGAUCGACGUCCUAAUGCACUGCAACUCCUAAAUGGGGCAACGAGCAACCUGGGUAUCAGAGUGAAAACAAAAGCGAACUUACCCCAGAAGAAAGAGGCAACUGAAGAGGGGCGGAAAAUGUAUAUUCAAGAAUAGCACUCUCUCCAUCUUGCGCAAUGCAAUAAUGGUAUGACUCAUGAAAAUAACACGACCACCACCCAAUGCAAAUUCCAAUUUGGCAUUCGCAGUAAAGAUUCAAAUUUUGAAGAUGGGAAAACUAGUAUCAUGACAUAUUGAGUUAUAUUUUAAAUUAUUUGUGGAGGUAAAAAUCGUUGCGUUUUGCACACAAACCGAAGUACCCCUCGGUCAUGAUGUGUCAUGUUUCAUCUACAUAGUUCUCCUAGCAUCGAGUUCGAAACAGAAAAAGAAAAACUUUGCAAGAUUGUGAUACAGAGAAUUUGCAGUUGAAGCCUGAAACGCCUAAGUACGCUAGAAGUGUAACAGCUUUAUUGCUGUAAUCUGUAGUGAAAGUAGAGGCAUUCUGGGGUCAGCGCGACUGUUUUCCUGCUGAUAUGGGAGGACAAUGCGUCGAGCCGCGUCCUUGCAGCCGCGGCUCCUCCUCCUGGCAAACAACGCCUGACGGACAUCCAGCAGGAGCACGAGAACAGCAGUGGUUCCGGUGAGACAUCCACUCCUGAGGACCCAUACGCAGUUCUUCUGGAUCUCCAAAAGCAGCUGUCGGAUGUGAGUGCGUCGUUUGCGAAAGUCGACCACGAGAACCGCACCAAGGCACAACGGGAGAAGACGAUGUUGGACCAAGCGGAAAAACAGCGUGCCGCAGACCGUGCCACAAUCGAAGCCUUGCAGAAAGACUUGGACUCGCUCAAACACGACCUUAAGCAGAAAGACGAUGCCCUCAAGAAGGCAGAACAGGAGAAAACCUAUCUGGCGGGCCAGCAAACAAACGCGCACGCUCUGAACCUCGAGGAACAAAGAAAAAAAGACCGCGAAAAACUGCGAAGGGCGAAUGAAAAAAUUUUAGAAGUCACGGCGGUAUGAACUGCAAUAAUAUCGUACUCGUAUAAGUGCAUGGCAAACUUUCUCAGCAUGACAAAUAAAGUUUGUAUAUGCGGACUUUCUUCAAGAAGAAAAUUUGUCAUGCAUGAAUGCAAUUACUACGACUAUGGUACUGUUGCACAGGAUAGGUGGAAAGAGAUACCUUGGGUGCCUUUUGGAACGACAAAGAAAAGUGUCAGAGUGCACAACCCCCCUCGCCCUCGUUCUUUGUAUUUUUGCACAAACAGGAAUCAAUGCAACCACAAACACCUCCGACACGCGCACGUGUGGAGCCUGUGAACGACCAGCUCAGGCACCGUGUCUAGUACUGUUUGAGCUUUUCAAGGAGUUUGUUAUGCAAACAGUGCCACAGGGCAAUUCAAUAACCAGACUUCGCAUGAAAGAUGAGGGGGGGGGAGUUGUGCACUUUCAUGAACAAAACUGGGAAAAAGCCGCAAAUUCUUACGAAGAUGAAUUAGAAGAAAAAAGUAUGGGGAUGGAGGUGAUUAAUUUUCCCGACGUCUGCUGGCCCUCAUUAAAAAAUCUGGUUUGUCAAUUGUCAUUGUUAUACGAGUUUCUCUGCAAAGUGUGCAGCACGAUCGCACGAAAUUUUUGAUGAGAUAGCUAUCUCAAAGAGUGGGCACCCCACUCUUCAUCCGUCCCGCGGCCGGGGGGGUGGAAAGCGACACGAGCCCCCCUUUCCUCGGACCACCGAACCGGCCUUAAUUUUUUUGCGCCGGUUCCCGUUCCCCUGGCCUGACGGUGGCGGAUCUGUCCCAUCGUUCACUCGCCCGGCCAAGCGGAUGCCUACUCUUUGGGGUGAGUUGUUACCUCGCUCAAAAAGAGCGGGGCAACAAAAUAAAAUAGAUAUCAAAAAAGACGGGCCUACUAACGUGGAGAAACUCUGGUCCGCCCGGCCAGGUGGACAAGAGUUCCCUCUCUUUUGCUCCCGGAGUUGACGGUUCGCAGAGCUGCCCCCAUUCCUCGCCGCGUCAGCGGAUCGUCGGCUGCAAGCUCCCCAUGUUGCUUAGCUUUUCUUCAUCGUUCAUCGUGGCGGAUGGGGGUUGCAAAUUGAACCAGGAUCAGGUUUCCGUGGUCGCCGGAAAAGUGUGACGGCCCAUCGUGCACCGUGUGGUCGCUAGAUUCAGUGCGCGGUUGCGGAUUUUGCGGUUGCGAGUUAAACGAGGCGCGCAACCUGCGGGCAAGGCCGCAGCGGAGACCUGUUCCCACGCUACUCACCUCUACGAGGGGACACUGAAAGCUCGCGGGUGUACCACCACACCCACCUCGACGAAGGGGAGCUGAAAGCAAUGUCUUCGUCGACAGGAGGAACUUGCAGUCGACGAUCCGCUGACGCGGCGAGAAAACGGGGGGCACUCUGCGAGCUGACGUGUACCAACGCAUGGCAAGUCCCCAAAUAAGUAGGCAUGUUGUAGUGGGUUAUCAGUGGGCCAGCAAUGCUCCACAAUUUUACCAAUCACCUCCCUGCUAUAACGAAUAAAGAGAUUGAAUCUCUGAGGCGGAACGCGGCGACAGCAGCACCGGAAGCGCGGCGUGACGGUAACCCCGAAGGCGACGGACAAGCUCGCGCCCGAACAAGCCUGGAUGGUCCGGGUACACAGGAGCAGCCAUCGUAUGAAAGUGCACAGCUCGGACCGUCUUUCGUCAUACAAAAAAAGGCGCAAAACCAAAAGAAUCUGUUCUGUCCACCCUUUCCCUUUCUUGGCAAUAAAAUACUGAUAUUGCGUACACGUUGCAGCAACCUCCAGGUGGGGGCGAUCACUGACAUGCUUCACGAGAGGUACAAAACGAGCGAGCAUUUGUCAUUCAGAUCUACAUGCACAAAGUCUACUUGCUGCUUUGCAAAGUAAGAAGAAAAAGGGCGUCGACUUGUGCGUUUUAUACGCCGGCGUCGACGACCGCCAACAACGGGUCAACCCAAGACGAACCUGCGGAAGCGGGUGCCAACAACGUGCCUGCAGUGUCAACAAUCACCAACGGGACCGCUGCGUCAGCAGCGGGGGGCAACACCGACGCAGAACUUGUCGCGCUCACAACGCUAUCCGCCCAGUUCCAGACCCUCGAGAACCUUCUGAAGGAUCUGGAAGUAUGCUCCAAUGACGAAAAGGAGAAGGAUUGCAGGCAGAAACUGGACUCCCUGAUGAACUUCUGCGCGAAGAAGCUGGAGGAUUUGGAAAGCCAUGACAAAGUCGCGGAGGAUUUGGCGCGCGAGCAGGAAUAUCAGGAGGCGAUCAAAGGGCUCAAGCGCCUGAUCCAAAGGGCGGAGCGCAUCUUCUGGCUGUUGUUGUACUUUCGGGACGUCUAUACAUUGCAAAUAAGUUCUUGGGGUCUGGCUCUGGGCCGAUGCUGACUGUUAUAUAUGAUGGGCACUACUUCAGAUUUCUCAAAAUCUUCUUCGCCCAAGCACAGCAAAACCAGUGCUCUGUCUACUUUUUGUCGUCGAAGUCUGAGCGUUGUUAUGCAGGACCCUAGGAAUCGAGCGCGCCAACGUCUGAAAGUAUAUGGACCGAAUGCUUACAUACCAGGGCUGCUGGUGCUGCAUGGACCGCAUGACAAACUAACACCUCCACCCAUUUCCAGACCACCCAGAAGUAUUUGCAUUUCAUAACGUCCUGAAAGAGUACGGCGGGCUCAGUCGUUGCAAUCACUCAUCUGCUUGUGCUGCGCGAGCUUCUCUAGCCUCAUCGUGCUGCGAAAGAAAAACGAUUCGUGCACCCCUUACGGUUUCAAGCAGGAAUACAACUUGUAAGUACGUAUUUUCCUGCAGCACAGUUUUGGGCUCUGCUCUUCUAGUACAUAGGCAUAAUUAUAGCAGAGCCCAAAACUGUUAAACAGUUGGCAUUGUUGUCUGAUUGUAGUGCCUGAGCACCCUACACACACUUGCACAAGUUAGGGAAAAAAAUUUCUGUGAUUGCUUCAAAAAUUCGACCCCGCCAGAACACGCAAAAAAAAGCGGUUUUUUGGGGGUUUUAAGCGAUUUGGCAGCCCGCCCUCGGGCCCCGGAGCCCCGGCGAAUUUGGCUGGCGGCUGUUGCGUUUCGCAUAGUAGGAACUGCGGCCGAAUGAAGCCAUUGGGCAGGAGCGAGCGGCGCCGCCGGGCGCUCGUCCUCGCGUGUUUCUCAGGUUCCGAGGGCGGCCACGAAGUUGGCCCGGCCCCACCCCCGACGCAGCCCGGCGGGCGCAUCAGGUCCAGGCCUGUUGUGGCCCGACCGACCGAGAGGGAAGCGUCAGGCCCCGGAGCUCACACGCGCCAACAGCAAGUAGGAGCCCCAGAACCCACCCCGAAAAACGAUUCCCAAAAGCGACCCCCUUUCCCCCAGCAGAGUCCGGCGACUUGAAACACCCCCAAAACCAACUCCCCCUAGCCACCUCCCUUCGGGGCCGGGCAGGGCGAAAUCUGCGGGAGCUUUCUUGUCCUGUGCAGCACUCCCGCCUUGGGGACCCGUAGGCGCCGUCGACAUUUUCCAUGAGCAGAAGUCUUGAAGCCUUGCCGUGAGCUGCGCGCCCGCAGCUGAGAUUUCCUGCCCUCGCGCGACCGGUUCAUGUAGAGCACGACUGAAGGGCUCCCCGCGGUUCGAAGGAGUCACACAUCACGGCUGCCCAGGCGGGCCAAAACGAUUCGGGUGGUUUUUGCGCAGUCGCUGACGGCGUAAAAAAGCGAAAAGCCUAUUUUCCCAAAAAAAACAGUCUUCUUUUUUGCAUGCUCUGGCGGGGUCGAAUUUUUGAAGAAGCAAUCACAAAACUUUUCUCCCCUAAACAAGCUCGGCCGCAUCGCCGAUGAUAAAACAACAGACAAGAACAAGUACGUGA